AUGGAGGAUCUACUCUCCAGUGUGGAGCUGAAUCAGGAUUGGGAGGGUUUGAUAGUUGUGGAUGUCGAUCAUGCAAACUUGUCAGACGAUUUUACUUUCGAAACUGCCAUGAGGUACCUGUCACUAACUCAUCAGGUCAAAAUUCGCCAGAGAAAGACGGAGAAGGCUAGGCGAAUUGCCCUCUGCAACAGACUGUUGCAAUUGUUUGGAUGUUCAGUGAUAGGAGAUAUACCAUUCGAGGAAGUUCAAUUCGAAUAUGGUAGUCAUGGCAAGCCGUACUUGAAGAAUUCACCAGCGAUCUCAUUUAGUAUGUCCAAUGGCGAGCAGUAUGUUGUCCAGUUCAUACUGCUGCAAAAAUGUACUGGCAGAUUAGACGUUGGAAUCGAUGUAGCUGCGAAGAGUGACUAUAUUGGCCAUGAUGAUGUGGAAGUGUUCCGUGAUAUCUUCUCUGAACGAGAAUAUAACCAUUUUAAGGCCUGUGGUAACGAGCUCAAGCCUAGCUUAUUCGCAUACUAUUGGUCCUUGAAAGAGUGCUAUACCAAAUACACAGGUCUAGGGCUCAAUUGUGACUUAUCAAGGAUCGAUUGCGGCGAGGUUGAUGUUCCAGUGAUGAGCGCUCGACUACAAUGUAAGAUGGAUGAGGACUCAAUAUUAUUUCACUCCACCUGGGUAGAACCUGACUGUGAGGAGAUUAUUACUGUAUGCCGUCAGGAUUCUGGUCAAGUUCGAUGGCUUCAAAAUGGUCCAAGAGUCUAUCGGAUAAGUUUACUUGACAUUCUUUCAUUCUUCGAGAAAACACCCAAACGGUCGCCUAAACACUCAAUUGAGUGA